UGACAACUUAAGUGAACUCUAUUUCUUCAUUCUUUUCUCGAAAACCAAAAACCAGAAACUCAUGGCGGCUGCUCUGGCCCCCUAUCCCAAACCGCAUUCCGGAGCUGGGUUUUCAAAGAGAAGCUCUGAGCUUUUGCCAUUUGUGAGAACGAGGACAAACUCUGCAGCUAGUGUAGCACUUCAAGUCCCUUCAAAGAAGCUCCAUUUGGUCACCGCCAGCGCCACCCACAGUGCUCUCCCUCUCUCUCACACUCCUGCUGCCGUCUCCACUGCCUCAAGCUCAAAGGUGAAACGCCACAAAAUUUCAUUGUUUGUUGGUGAUGAGAGUGGAAUAAUAAACAGGAUUGCUGGGGUGUUUGCUAGGCGGGGUUACAAUAUUGAGUCCCUUGCAGUGGGUUUGAAUGAGGACAAGGCUCUCUUUACCAUAGUUGUCUCUGGAACAGAGAGGGUUUUGCGACAAGUAGUGGAACAACUUAACAAACUUGUGAAUGUCACAAAGGUGGAAGAUAUCUCAAGGGAGCCACAAGUCGAACGUGAACUAAUGCUUAUAAAACUUAAUUCUGAUCCAACUACCCGUCCUGAGAUCAUGUGGUUAGUCGACAUCUUCAGAGCAAAAGUUGUUGAUACCUCUGAACACUCUCUGACCAUUGAGGUCACUGGAGAUCCUGGAAAGAUGGUUGCUGUUCAGAGAAACUUGAGAAAGUUUGGAAUAAAAGAACUUGCAAGAACUGGAAAGAUUGCUUUGAGACGGGAAAAGAUGGGCGAGACAGCUCCAUUCUGGAACUUUUCUGCAGCUUCAUAUCCAGAUCUCGAAAGUGCUGUGCCAAAUGGUGCUGUUGUACCAAAAAAUAAUGGAUCACUGAAUGGGAAUACAAGUACAUCUUUGGGGGGUGAUGUAUAUCCUGUAGAGCCUUAUGAUGACUAUCCUAUGAAGAUUCUUGAUGCUCAUUGGGGUGUGCUCUAUGAUGAAGAUUCAAGUGGAUUUCGGUCACACACUUUAACUAUGCUUGUCAACAACACUCCUGGAGUUCUCAACAUAGUCACCGGGGUUAUAUCUCGAAGAGGUUAUAACAUUCAGAGUCUAGCCGUAGGGCCAGCUGAAAUGGAGGGUCUCUCUCGCAUCACAACUGUAGUUCCAGGAACUGAUGAGUCAAUUGGCCAGUUGGUUCAGCAAUUGCACAAGUUAAUAGAUCUUCAUGGGGUUCGGGAUAUCACUAACUUGCCAUUUGCCGAGCGAGAGUUGAUGUUGAUAAAAAUUGCUGUGAACACUGCUGCCAGGAGGGAUGUCCUUGAUAUUGCUAAAAUAUUCCGGGCCAGAGCAGUUGAUGUGUCUGAUCACACAAUUACCCUUGAGUUGACAGGAGAUUUGAAUAAGAUCAUUGCAUUGCAGAGGUUAUUGGAGACCUAUGGGAUUUGUGAGGUGGCUCGGACUGGGAGGGUGGCGUUGGUGCGAGAGUCAGGUGUCGAUUCCACAUCCCUUCGUGGAUAUCCUCUACCUAUAGAUACUGAUUAGCUGCCUAACUCGACCAACUUUCUCAACUAAGGUUUGAUUUGUAUUUCCUUGUGUAGAAAUAAAGGCUAAAGCUAUUUUAGUAAAAUUUCCGAUCCCAUAUUGGGUUUCAUAAGGGGCAGAUCAAUGUGCAUUUGGAAGUUCAGAUAGACAUUGUAGUUGUCCUUGAUGAAACUUAAGAUUUUCCCCAGAGAAAAGACAUUUAUCACCAGGCUGAUUUGUACUUGCAUGUAGAACAUUUUAGUGCUGUAUCAAUUUUAUACGUGGAAUUUCCCAGUUUUCAGUC